AUGAAGUUAGAUCAGAAAACAAUUGCAUAAGACUAUUUAUGUUAAUUUGUUAAUGUUUUGUAAUAUUUUUCUAUACAUGCUAUUUUAAAAUAUUCAAUGUUAUCAGUACUUGCUCUUCAUCAUAAAUACAACUUUGUAUUUGUAAAUUAAGUGAUUUUAAUUAUGUUUGAAAUAUCAACAUUUAAUGUGGAUAAACUUAUACAUACAUUUAUUCAAAAUUUUGGUUUAAAAAUCAAAUCUUCUGCUUACAACAGUUCCAACAAAGUUGCUUUUGUAUCUUAUGUAGACAGAACAUGUAAAAUCAAGCAACAGUUAUCUUGUUCAAUAGCAAAAAUUAAUGAGAUUAAUAUGCAACAACAGUGGGAUUUUACUAAUGAAAAAGAUAUACAACACUUUAUAGAGAGACAUACUAAUUUAUUUGAUAAAAUGAUUUCCUUGAGAAAUACAGGUAUAUUAACAUUUCCUUUGAAAAAUAUCAACACUAAAAUUCUUCAGAAAGUUAGAAAAAAGAGAAAAGAUCAUGAAAAUAUGAAGAAAAAUGAAACUAAAAUAAAGAAGAAGAGGAGUUUAUUGUCUCCUCUGUUGCACAAAGAUAAAUGUCCUAAUUUUUUUAAGUAUAAAAGAAACAAAUAUAAAAAAAUUACAGUGUGUGCAAAUUCAAACAUACUUGGUAAUGAUAUAAUUACACAUAAAGAUAUGAAUAUUUUUAAAACCGAUAAUGAUAAUCAGAAAGAUUUUUUAAAUCACAAUUUAUCAGAUAGUAUGAUGAACAUUACAAAACGAAAAAUAGAAACAGCCAAAAAAUUGUUAUGGUUGCAUACCAAAGAUAAAAAAUAUAUAAAAAGAAAUAUAGAAAUUACUCUUCAUAUAUCAAAGAAAUCAAAUUAUAGUAGUAUGCAAAAUCAAAUGAAAUAUAGUCAAGUUCUAUGCCAUCAUGCAAUUUUAUGUCUGAUCGAGCCCAGCAAAAGAGCAGUUGUUUUAUUUGAAGAUGAUCUAUCAACUGUCAUUCAAAAAUAUUUAUUACAUGGGUAUAAUUAUAAUUUUGAAUCUCAAAGAGAUUCAGAAGACUGCUACAUUGCCCUACUUGUUUUGAGUCAAUGGGCUAAAGUUUUAGUUAAUGAUAUGAACACAAUUAUGAUGCAAACAAUUUGUGGUAUAUUGGGAUGUGAUGUACAAAAGAUAUUAGUUUUAUAUAAUCCAGAAGAAAAAUGAUCAUAAAUAUCAUUUGAUUAAAAUGCAAUGUAAAGUAAUAAAAUGGUGAACGAAGAACCGGUGGAGUUUAGUAAGAAGUCUCAACCGAUUUUUAAAAAUCCAGUUUUUCAACAAAAAUUUCG